AACAACAUGUCUUCCACCUUCUUACAUUUCCUUUUCCUUUUCUUCACAAUCAUCACUGCCCAAACACCACCACCAUCACUACCACCAGCACCACCACCAGCGCCAUCCUCCGACGCCUGCAACGGCAUUUUCUUAUCUUACACAUACAUUUCGGGUUCCAAAAUCCCACCUGAACUAACAUCCGACCCUGCCCAACAACCGUACAAGUUCAAAUCAACGCUAAAAGUACUUAACAAUGCGGCCGAGGAACUUAAGUCAUGGAGGGUAUUUGUGGGGUUUCAAAAUGAUGAGUAUUUGGUUUCGGCUUCUAAUGCUGUUAUUGCUGAUGGGUCUGCUACUCUUCCUGGCCCGGUUGGGAAUGGGACCAUUUUUGCUGGCUUUCCUAAUGCUGAUUUGAAAACUGCUAUUGAGACUGCUGGUGAUUUAAACCAAAUGUCGGUCCGAGUUGGGUUCGUUGGUACGCAAUUUGGCGUUGGGUCACCCGAUAUUCCUAUGCCUGAUGAUCUUUUUCUUGUUAAUGAUGGCUUUGUUUGUCCUACACCUACUAUGCAAGGGAGUAGAGUGAUGGAGGUUUGCUGUACAAAAAAUCCAGACGCAAUAACAAAUAUAACCGUUCCAGAAGAGUUCCUGCCACGUCAGGAAGGCGACCUCACGAUAAUGUAUGAUGUCAUCCGAACCUAUGAAUCUAAUUACUGGGCUGCAGUCACCAUAGAGAACCACAGUCCUCUAGGCCGGCUUGAUAACUGGAAUCUAACAUGGGACUGGAUGCGUGAUGAGUUCAUUGGCGAUAUCAAAGGCGCGUACCCCUUCACUCGUGACUCGUCAGGUUGCAUAUUCGGCCCACAGGGUUCAUUUUAUCAAAACAUGGACUUUUCUACUGUUUUGAACUGUGAAAGACGGCCAACUUUGAUUGAUUUGCCUCUUGAGAUGACCAACAACACCCAAAUAGGUAACAUACCGUUUUGUUGCCGGAAUGGUACGAUCUUGCCGCCAACUAUUGACCCGAGCAAGUCAAAGUCGGCGUUUCAGAUACAAGUCUACAAGAUGCCACCAGAUAUUAACCGAUCAGAACUCAUCCCACCACAAAACUUUAAGAUAAGUGGUCGGUUGAACCCGGAUUAUACAUGUGGUCCACCAGUUCGGGUCAGCCCGAGUCAGUUCCCAGACCCUAGUGGUCUACCUGGUGCAACUGCAGUAUCAAGCUGGCAAGUGGUGUGUAAUAUAACACAAGCUAAGGAUUCAACUCCUAAAUGUUGUGUGUCGUUCUCGGCCUACUACAACGAGUCGAUCAUACCGUGCCCGACUUGUGCGUGUGGGUGCAAGGGUAAAAGUCCCGGGGCAUGUAGUGCAACUUCACCAGCAUUGUUUCUUCCAUCUCAGGCUCUUUUGGUCCCAUUUGAUAACCGAACCACACUUGCUACUGCUUGGGCUCACAUCAAACACCGACCCGUACCAAACCCAAUACCCUGUUCAGACCACUGUGGGGUUAGUAUCAACUGGCACUUGCUUACGGACUAUCGAGGUGGAUGGUCUUCUAGACUUACUGUUUUCAACUGGGAGGAUGCUGCUUUUGUUGAUUGGUUUGUUGCAGUUCAAAAUGACAAAUUUACAUCUGGGUUCGAGAAAGUGUAUUCAUUUAAUGGCACGACUCUUGAGGUAAACGGGAAAAAUAACACGAUUUUAAUGCAGGGUUUACCUGGACUGAACUAUUUAGUUGGGGAAGUAGAUGGGGCUAACCCGCAAAAAGACCCACGCAUACCAGGUAAACAACAAUCGGUUAUAUCUUUCACAAAGAAAAAUACACCACACAUAAAUGUAGCUAAUGGCGACGGGUUUCCAACUAAAGUAUUCUUUAAUGGGGAAGAAUGUGCACUUCCUGGAAUACUUCCGACAAAUGGUUCUAACCGUAGCAAGUCCAUGGGGGUUCUGUCGAUAAUUCUAACUAUCAUCGUCCAGAUGUUAAUGCACCAUUGGUAGCCAUGGAUGAAGAGUGAUGUUGAUUACUUAUCAUUUUGUAGAUUUACUGAUUCAUUUUGUUGUUUUUUUAUACAGUAUAUUGAUUGAUAGUUUCUUAUGGUUCAGGAGGUUUAUGUACUUUGAAUUAAGUUUUUUCUUUUCUUUUUCUCGUGUUCAUAUGAAUAUUUGAAAUGUAGAACUUUCGCUUGACAAUG